ACAAAAAAGGAAGUGAUCUCAGCAGUCUUAAUUUCCUGUUCUGAGAGAGAUUUGUUCCUGUUAACAAUUGCUAUAAGGACCUCAAACAUUUUUUGUAGAUUUGUUUUUCCAACAAACUUGUCUCUUCACGGCAGAACCUAAUGCACUUCUGCAGAUCAAGAAUUAAAAAUGUAGCCACCUAAGUAGAAAUUACUUUGGUUUCUGUGGACUGCCCAAGAUUGGAAUAAAAAACAUCGGCAAGUAAGCUGGAUGCCAUGGACAGCUCGGUCACCCUGUGGCAGUUCCUGCUGCAGCUUCUCCUGGACCGGAGCCAGGAGCAGCUCAUCUGCUGGACCAACCAGGAGGGCGAGUUUAAGCUGCUGCAGGCCGAGGAGGUAGCCAAGCUGUGGGGCGCGCGCAAGAACAAACCCAACAUGAACUAUGACAAGCUGAGCCGGGCCCUGCGCUAUUACUACGAGAAGAACAUCAUCAAGAAAGUGAACGGGCAGAAGUUUGUGUACCGAUUCGUCUCCUACCCAGACAUCCUGAAGGGGGAGCCGAUGAGCCGGGCCGAGGGGGCAGGGGAAGGGGGUCUGGGCGGGGCCUUGCCCGUGAUGGACAGGAGCCCCAGCGGCCAGCUGAAGGAGAAGGAGAACAAGAGCGGAGUGUUGGAGAGGGCCGGAGGGGCCGGGGCCGGCGGACAGGGCAAAACCACCGGCCGGAACGACUACAUCCACUCGGGUCUGUACACCACCUUCACGCUGACCUCUCUGCAGUCCGGCACGCAGCUCUUCAAGUCCAUCAAGAUGGAGAACCCGGGCGAGAAGCUGGCGGAGAAGAAAGGAGCCCAAGAGGUUCAGAUAUAUCAGCCACAGCAGCAGUCCUCCUCCCCGUCUGUCAUCCGGUUCGGGACCAUCCCAACCAGCCGGUCAUCUGCAUCCGCCGCAGCCGACAAGCCCCCGUUGGGGUCUCCCACGCAGACAAUGGUGCAUUCCCUCCAAGCCCCACCACUGGCGGCCGGUGACGUGGAUGUGACUGGCAGCCAGAUGGCUAUGCCUCAGACGACCGGUGCAUUUGAGGAGACCCUGGCCACCAGCUCCCAGAUACCAGUAUUCAGCCUGGUGGGGCUCAACUCCCGCUCACCCUCACCCAGCGCGCUGCAGGACUCCACCCAGGAGCUGGUGAUCGACAGCGACAUCGAAUCCAUCUCCUCCCAGCCAUCAGAGAUUUCGCUACAGAGCCAGUCCAUCUCCAGUGUGUUCUCGAGCACAGGACAGGGGAACGAGGUGCAGCUCUCUCCAGCCCGCAGCCAGAGCGGAAAGCUCCGCAAGCCCAAAGGCCUGGAGCUGAUGCCCACGCUGGUGGUGACCAGCUCGGACCUAAGCCCCAUGGGCCUGUCCAGCCCCUCGCUGCCCACCGCCUCGCUCACACCGGCUUUUCUGCAGACUCCCACGCUGCUGCUGACACCGAGUCCUCUGCUGUCCAACAUCCACUUCUGGAGCACGCUCAGUCCAGUCGCCCCUCUCAGCCCCGCACGCAGACAGGGCCACCACACACUGUUCCAGUUCCCCUCCGUGCUCAACACACAGUUCACCUUGCCAGUACACAGCCUGGACGGCACCACCACCCCCGGGCCACUCUCGCCGGACCCCCCAAAGACAUAAGCCCCUCUCCGCUCCGGGCCCAUCCGCAUCACCCACGCCAUCUCUCACCGCCCAGGCCUCUUCGCUCUCCAUUUUUUUUCCUCACGUCCAAAAUCUGUUCCCGUCUGAAAACCAAAAUCAGGGGCCUGCGUUAGCUGUCGCAAUUUGUCGUUUAUUUUGUUUUUCUAAGGUGAGGCUCGAUAGCGGAAUGUUUCCACUGUUGGAUUACGAUUGCUGAAGAUGGGGUGGGGAGGACCAGGCUCUUAUCCUGUUGUGUUUCCCGCUCUUGGAAAUGCUCAUCGCCAAGCAGGCUCCACCCUCAGGAAAAGCUCAGACGCACGAGCUGAAAGGGAGCCUGGCCAGUGGUGAAGCUGCUGCGUCACAUGACCAUGCACCAAUCAGGCCUCUCUGUCCGCUAACCAAUGGCAAGGCCUCAUGUGGAUGAUGUAAGGAUUGUCCUUUUAAACUUUUACUGGUGUAAUGUUGAACUUCAAGUGCCCUUCAUGGAUGCGGCUGGGCUGAACUUCUUGUAAUGAAUAUUCUUUUUUUUAAACAUGUUUUUUAACAUGUGUCCUAAGUAUGUGCUCUGUGAUGACUCAGCCUGACCAACUAUCGAUGCCUAUUUGCUCGCUCUGUUAACCUUAUGUAAUAUGUUUUAGGAGAGUUCGCCCCAAGAUGGCCUCAUAGUUGAAACCCUCCAACCUAAUUGUGACCUUCUCUCAUCUGCACCUUUCUGCAAAAAUUGCUUGGGCUACUCAGUGUUGUGACAGCAAUCUGAGAUUAACUGGUGUUAAUGCCAUCAGUGUCUCGCCACAAAUUUGCCUGUAGUAUUACAUUAUUACAAAAUUACAUUUCCCACUGUUAGGCAGGAGUUCAUCGAACGGGCGACUUGGAUAGAUAAUCCCCUGUAAAAUACUGUAAUGGGCUAUGAGGAGUCCUGACAAGUCGAACUGCCUUCAGAGCUCAAUGGGCUCCUGUAUCCUUCUAAGCCUCCAUUAACGGUUUUCAUUUUUGAAAGUUAAUGUGACUCACAGAAGAAGGGAAAGUCUAGAACAAUUUGCACUCAGAGGCAGCCCCAGCUGGGGAUAACUUGGGACGGCCAAGGCUGUUGACGGCACAGAAUUGUAUGAACAUACUGCAUGUCACCCAUUGCUUGGAAAAUCCCACGAAGGUAUUUCUAAGUGCAGUGGCAGGUAGUUUCUUGGUGUUUUAUGCCCCCAACGUUGUCUUCAAGCCAUCGCUGACUGGAAGGCACUAGGGUUAGGCAUGGGUUAAGGUUAGGGUUGGGGUUAGAUUUAGGAUUAGGUGCCUUUAAGUCAGCGGUGACGACGUUGGGGGCAAAAACACCAUCGAGCUGGCAGGUAUCCAAGACGGCUGACCAUAGGCAGUAAUUCAUCUUUAUUGGUUUCUGACAUGGACAUUUCUAGACGCCUGUUUGAGUGCACACCUUCUAACAUUGACAUUUCUCAAGGAGAAUAGUUGGGGUAAAAAAACAAGGAUAAUUGAUAUCCACAUAAUAUUUCCAAUUUUUUUUACCCAUAAAGAAUAGAUAAAUGCUGCAACGACAGUGUGGAAAUCUUGUUGACUGCACUGCCCUUGGCACAGAGCAACUUACCUGCUUUGACCGAAUCCAGCCCUUUGCAUGAAGGGAGAAAAAACAGGUUAUUCAAACACAGUUUCAGGGAAAAGACACUGAGGAAUAGUGACAUGUAUAGACCCUUUCAAGAAAGUUCCAUUAUCAGCAUCAUAGUUGGCCCCACAAGACUUCCUUUUUAACAUUCCAUAUGUUAUCUUAAUGCAGAGGAAGUAGAUUGGGGCCCAAAUAGAACGUUCAAGCAUUGUUUUUGUUUUUAUUGUUGAAAGGGUCUAUUAACAAUUCUGUUUUGUAACCUGCAGCGUAGUGUGUGGUCUGCAUCCCUGUCAUUGUUGCCAACACAUCUCCCUCGCUCACAGGACAUUCUUGAAUUUCCCCUGGGGAUCAAAAGUAUCUGUCUAUCUCUAUCUCGGACAAGAGCAGCUUUCUUGGCCAUUGGCCUUUUGCGGUUUUCUAUGUAGAUUGUCAUCAGUUGUAGACUAAAAGGAUCUCAAUCAUCAGUAUGCUUUCCUUCACCUUUUGGCACUGCAGAUUGUAUUUACUAUUUGUCUCAGAAUUUGUCACUUCUGUGCACUUGCCUCCUAAGUGCAGUCCCCUACCUCUAUCCUGAAGGAGAAAGCCACGCUUUGAAGACAAACUACACCAGCACUUAAAAACCCACUCGAAACUGGAACUUGUAUUUUAAUUGUACGCACUUAAUCUAAUCUAUUUGGGAGACUUUUGACCUUGCGUGUACUUGUGUGUUCAAAUCUAUCCCCAAGUGACUCA